AUGGCACGGAAGCUAUCAGAGGCAUAUGUAUCCCCUAAUAUCACCUCUAUAAAUCUCACCCAGCUACUCUCUCGGCUGGAAAGCAACAUACUAUCGCCUUCGGCGGACCUGAAGCCUCUGCUAAGAUCGCAAUAUCAUAGAGCUCGUGUUGGUGCUAAUAUAGAAUAUGGCCGCAACUUAUUACUCCAGCUUGAGCGAAACUCGGCAGAUAUAAAGCACCCCCAACGCAGACAAACGGUUCAAUCGGACCUCUCACAGAAGAGACAACAGCUUAAGAUACUUCGACAGAGAUUAGACGAUCUCAGCACCCAGGCGCAUGCUCGCACAAUGGCAGCGGCUAAUACAACCACCACCACCUCCCCCUCCUCCGAAUAUAUAGCUGACGCGAGCGUCUACUCGUCAGAAGAUGAAGAAGACAUCCUCCCCACGCCACAAGACAGCAUCACGCCAGAAAACAUAUCUUCACAGGCCUCGGCAAGUUCCGCGAAUAUAAGAGAUGAAUCUAGACCGGUAGAAGGCCUGGACCAGUCAACUACAUCAGAAGCAAGCCUGAGUUCCGUGAUUCCCACGCCACCAUCUUCCUCGUACGGUUCCACAUCGACUCACAGCGAAGCACAUGGUUCAAACAUACUUCGCAACCGAAAUGCAAUACCAGCAACUCAAACGCCAACUGAUACGGUCAUCCGCCCUACUGAAGCCGCCAGAUCAACAGGGGCACUUACAACUUCCGCAUACCUGACAACAUCAACACCCACGGGUCCCUUAAAGCCCGCCCCGAGCCCCAACCCUUAUUUCCGCCCUCGAGAUCCCUCCAGAAAAGAAUUGGAUCUCGAUCCCGAAGCCUCCCUGGCCCAAGAUCGCCAAGAACAGGAGUCACUAACGGAUUCCUUGCUCACGCUUGCCCAACAGCUGAAGACCUCGACGCAGACGUUCAAUUCGACUCUUGAGUCGGAAAAGUCGAUUCUAGACCGUGCCGUGGAGGGACUAGAUAGGAACACAACUGGUCUAGAGUCGGCGGGGCAGAAGAUGAGUAUGCUUCGACGGAUGAGUGAAGGUAGAGGAUGGUGGGGGAGGAUGUUGAUGUAUUUAUGGAUAUUCGGGCUGUGGAUUGUGGCUAUUAUGAUUGUAUAUGUUGGGCCCAAACUGAGGUUUUGA